AUGGCGAGCAGCGGCAGAAACUACGGAUUUCAACGACUUCGCCGCGACCCGAUGAGGACGGGAUACGUGCUCGUGUCGGAAGAGCGGGAGUCGGGCUCCGACUCUGAAAGCAGCGACGAAGAAGACGACGACGAUGAGGAUGUGUAUCUGAGCGAUUGCUCGGCUUGUUGGGCGAGACGAGAUGCGCUGCGCAGGGGGAGGGCUGGAUGGGGAGAGGGAGAGGACGGGGGGUAUCGUAGGGCUGAGGAGAGAGAUCGUGCUCGGCAAGAUUACCGUCAUCAUAAUCACCGCCACGGCCAGCACAGACACGGCGAAACCCGUCAGAGAGGAGGCCAGCAGAGCAACGGCAAUUCGUCUCGAAACAACACCGGCUCACCCAACAUAAACACUAACACCACGGCAACGCCCGCAUAUCGCAACCUCACGGAGCGGAUUUUGGCGUCUACACGACGGCUUCACCAGGAGGAAGAAAAUCUCCGCCAUUUUCGAUCGUGGAUCCGCGUGCUGGAAGACGUCCAGCGGCGAUCACACACGUCGUACCGGAGCAAUAGUAACAGUAACGCUGCCCCUGUUGCGGCUGCGGCCGCUGCUGCUGUUGCUGUUGGCCAGGGCUCGUCGUCUUCGGCAGCGGCAGUUGGAAGAGUUCCGCCUCGCGCGGGUGCGGGCGAUGAGGCGCCGAUGAGGCGGACUCAUGUGUACUCGUAUCCUCCUCGCGCAGCUCGCGGAUAUUUCAUGUCCGGGGGCCGAAGCAUUUCGAGCAACCGCAGAAGGAGACUGUGA